CGACACUGGUUGCGCAUUCGCAUUCAGAGUCAACGCGCUCCUGUGUUGAUACGUGCUUGAUCUAUUGAGAUACGCAGAGUCUGUUGACCCGGAUGUCAGCGCACUAGAUGCAGUCACAAAACGCGUUCAACCAUGGCCCCUCUGUCUGUACCUCGAAAGUAACUCAAAUCUAGCUCUACAAACCGACUCCAGACAAUCAACCACAAUGGGACGGUCAACGGAAUUUGUCACCGGUCACCACGACAGAGUCACGGUCCUCCACACGAAUUUCAAUGGCACGCGCAUUCUCACAGCUUCAAUCGACCAUCGGAUCAAAGUAUGGCAGCGAGACCCCAAGACUGGGGAGCGCACACUCAUCGACACAUUCACCGCCCAUGACGCUGACAUACGCGAUGCCAAAUUCCUCCACCCAACUCUAGGCUCUCACAUAGCCAGCAUAGGCAACGACCUCAAAUUCCAUCUCUGGACCGAGGAUGUCUCCCAGGCUCCCAACUCGGGCCGCCGCUUUCGUCGCACAUCCACGAUCCCAUCCACUCCCCGUGUCCCCUUUGUAUCCAUGGACCUCAAGACCGUCGACAACAUUUACACGACUCUGGCUCUGAUCGACCGUCAAGGCCUCCUGAGCAUCUACGAACCCACAAGCCCCGAUGAUCUCAAGGAUUGGACCCUGGUCGACACGUUCAACGUGUGCGGGUCUUCGCCGCCCACGCGCGGCGAUGAGACGAGCUUCAAAGUCCGCUUCGACCCAAACCCGACCCCUCUCGCGUACAUGAACAGCCUCUCCGACGACCGCGGCCAAUUAAGUCUCGUGGUCAGUGUUCUCAACGAGUUCAAAAUCUACCGCUCCGUCGUGCCCGGCGGAGAUUCUUCUUCCACCUCGAGUGGCGUCGGCGCCAACGACGGCGCCAGUCACCGAGUCAUGUUCUUCGAAGCCGCGCGGUCAAGACGACACCCGGCCCUCAUACGAGACGUGGCAUGGGCACCCUUCAGCGUCCGAGGGACCGACAGGGUCGUGACGGCGUGCAAAGAUGGCGCGGUGCGCGUCUUUGAAUUAGCAGUCACGGAAGCGCCCGAGAGGGGUAGCACGGCCGCAGCCACCAACACCACUGUGACAGAUGUUGCGGCACCUGGGAGCGCUGUGCAGAAUGCGUCCACGCGACGACAACAGCCGCAGCAACAGCAACAGCAACAGCAACCACAACAGCAUUACCAAUCAAGCCUGACGACCGGACUGAUCGGUCGAAACUCCGGUGCGGGUAAUCCCUCCGCCGCCUCCGCUUCUGCCUCGACAGCCUCGCGAGCGGCAAGGACCGGCCACGCUUUCCCCUUCCAGACCAACGUCCAGUCAUCGACCGCGCUGGACGACGCGCACACCGACGCCUGGUCCGUCUCGUUCGACGGCCAGGGUCAGGUCUUGAUGAGCAGCGGGUCCGACGGCGUCACCAAGUUCUGGAGGAAGAGCGUCCAGGACGGCCGGUGGUUGUUGUUUGCGGGGCAAGAGGUGCUCGACACGGACGCGGACACCGACGGGGACGAUUUGGAUGGCGAUGACGACGACCACGACCACGACGAUGGCGACGAUGCCGAUUGAGUCUUCCUGACGGGUCCCUGACGAAGGGGCCUAGAUUUGUGCCGAACUGAAUUUGACCGUCGAUAUCAAGUCAAAGCACGGAAUGGUGUAAUGCUGGAUGACACUCGCUGUAUAUAGUCGAAGAUACGUGUAUAAAGCCUUGAAGCCAUGACAUAUCUCACACUGAUGGGUUUUAUUUUAUUCACAAGUAAACUUGUACGGAUGGAUUCUUCACUGGUACACUUU